CAAAGCCCACACACCAAACAGCAUCAGAAUAAAUAAAUAAUAGAACAACUGUCGAUCGCCCCACGGCCAAUAUCAGUGUAACAUGAGACAACCGGGCGGGGGCUUACGCGGCCGGACUCCGGGAAAAAACGGCGAAUCAAUGGAGGAGGAGGAGGGCAGUGUACUCCGUAGUGUUGUUGUGUGUGAAAUCGUUUCCGCUGGAACGGAGAAACUUCUUGGGAACCGACAGACAGGUGGUCUCUUAGGGGGAUGCUUGAAUCAACUUAUUAACCAUUAAAAAAUAAAAAGUUUAAAAAUUAAUCAGGAGUGUGGAAAUUCAAUUCUGAAACAUCGCCUGGCGUAGGAAAUAAUUAUGGUGCGAAUUGUGGAUUUUGGGCCAGACUCUCGCCUGGGGUGGGUGGUUUAUUUAUUGCUUGUCAUCUUCAGCCCUGGAGCUAAAUGCCGGGGCGGCAAAGGGUGUAAAUCUAGUCUCGUUCAGAUCGGAUCUGUUUUAUCUGGGUGUUGUGAGUCCUGGUUGAGGAAUAUUUAUUUGUAUGUCAGUAUUUAUUGCUAUCUUGUGUUUAAACCGAGCACUGAGCCUCAACCCGCAACCCACAACCCACAACCUACAAUCCAACAGCGCAUUCAAUCCUUCGCCAUCAGUGAGGAACGGACAGAGGACACAUAUCCGGCCCUAUCGGCGGUUGGGAACAAAAAUAAGAAGACUACUCCGUACCCCGUAGCUGACCUGUGACAGACGCCAAAUGUUAGCUGAGCUCGACCGUUGUGGCUGGGGCUUUCGUUAAGACCGACUCCAACUUCUGUCUGUUGUCGAUUUCUCACCCUCAUCUCAUCCUCAUCUCAUCCUCAGACCGCCAGAUUCCCCCUUCGGACACAUUACUGUCCUCCUACCCCGUCCUGGAUCCCAUCAUCAUGCAGUUGGGGUGCUCUCGUUGAUUCCUCUCGUCCUUUGUCGUUUCAUCGUCCGUCGUUGUUUCGCUUGCCAUUUACCUUUCCUUGCCCUCUUCUCUUUUUUUCGAAUUAGCCCACCGCCAUGGAUAACUCCCAUUCCAACAGCCUCACAUUCUCGAAUAAACCUCUCAGAAUCCGAAUCAUAAUAUCAUACAUAUCCGACUAUGUGAUCCUCAUAGGCCUUGUCGCCGGAUUCUACAUUCUGGACCGUGUCGAACCCUUCCACCAACCUUUUGCCAUCACCAACCACUCCCUGUACUACCGCUAUGCCGUCAACGAACGAGUAUCCAUACCCCUCGCUCUCGCCCUCUCCGGAGGCAUCCCGCUCGUCGUCAUCCUCAUCUACACCGUCGUCAUCGACGGUCUCUUCUCACACAAUAAACCAAUAACGCCUUCGGGCAAGAGAAAGUUUAUGGGCCCAUACAGCCUAAAAGACAGGCUAUGGGAAUUUAAUUGUGGAUUUCUGGGCUUAUUAUUAGCUCAGGCCAGUGCUUUUGUCAUCACGGCUGCUUUGAAGAAUGCCGUUGGGAAACCGCGGCCGGACAUUAUUGAUCGUUGUAGGCCAAAAGGGGUCGAUAAGCUCGGCCCGUACGACUUGGUGACCUAUGAUAUGUGUGAUUCACAACUGAGUCACGAUAUUUUGAAAGAUGGGUAUAGGUCUUUUCCUUCAGGACAUUCUAGUUCCUCUUUCGCCGGCCUCUUCUAUCUCUCUCUCUACCUUGCCGGGAAAUUUCACCUUAUGGAUAGCCGGGGUGAGGUGUGGAAAACGUUCCUGGCCCUCUUCCCAACCCUAGGAGCGGGACUUAUUGCCGCAACAAGAAUCAUGGACGCGCGACAUCAUCCCUUCGACGUGCUAUUCGGCUCGUUUUUGGGAAUUAUCUGUGCCUACGUCGCCUAUCGCCAAUAUUUCCCUCCCCUCUCGGAAUCUUGGAGGAAAGGGCGUGCUUAUCCAAUUCGGACCUGGGGUAACAGCCCCGUGGGCCCUUCCCGCGCCCGAUUUGACAUGGGUGGCUCCAACGAUUCAGUGGUGCCCCUGCGGCCCACAGACGACGUAGAAUACCAAGCUACAUCGACGGCUCAGGACGACGAAUACACCCGAAAACCACCACCCGUUCGUCGAAUAUCUAGCGACCGGAUUUCCACAGCAGACCCUUACCUACGGCGAAGACAGGAAUUGGAGCGAGAGUAUUCAUCAAGCAGCGAUUCAGUUGGAGUAGCAUUUGAAAUGCAACCAAAUUCUGGGAGCCGGUCGAAUCGCAGCCGAAGUGAGUCCACAACUCACCUGAACAAGGUAUAUCCACCUCCACAAUCGAGCUAUCAGCCAUAUUCGGGAAGAACCCCUUCGCCAACAGCGUCGCGCCCCCCUCCACCCCUAGCUAGCAGUGGACACCUCGGGUCCCCUGUCGAGUCGCCGAAAAUUUGAAUGAAUAAGAAACAGCAAAACAAUACCUAUUAGAAAGACUUUUUUCUAAUCGAAAAAGACUUGAAGAUUAAUUUAAAAAAAAUAGAAGAUCUGCCUAAUUCGGGACUCUGCACGAAUUCUAAUUACUUACGAUAUUAUACCAUAUCCUUUUUGAUAUGUACUUUCCUACCGUUGUUUAUACCAAAUCGUUCGAUCACUUUUUCGUUCGCUGGCGAUGAUAGCUUGGGGCCUCUCGAAAACUCUUCUUUUCCUUCGUUGAUUCUCAGCGUACAUAAGAAGAGAAAUAAACCGUUGAGAAUACCCCUUUCUACCAGACAAGCUUGCCUAUUAGACGGCCGCGAUGCAUUCCCCUUCGUGGUUUAUCUUAGACCAUUACUUUUUCUUUUAGUUUUAUUCUUCCUCCUUUACACACAUAUCUACAUUUUCCUUGCAGAAAUUGCCCUUCCCUUUUUCCUUCUUCUUUGUGUUGUUGUUAUUCAUCAUCAUGAAUUGCGACUCCUUUUUGUCAUUUUAUUUCGCCUGUUGGUUCGGUUCCUUCUCUGUCAUAAGAGUCCUUUAGAUCCCAUUUCAACGGGUUGGCACCUGGCUUUCAUAUCUCCUUCUCGUCUUCUGGUUUGUCUUUUUCUUCGCAUUUUCCGCCUACUAUUCCCCGCUGGCUGCACACUAUAAAAUUUAUUCCUUGCUCUUUAUUGCCGUUUGUUUUAUCGCGGUUUGUUUUCCUGUUUGACUUGGUAAGGGGGCGUUUUUUGAGCCAUACAAGUAGAGGUACGGCUUAUCCGGGCGGUGGGGUAUGUUCAUGUUCUAUAUUCAUAUUAUUUUGCGUUUUAAUUUCCGGGGUUUGGGUUUUUUACUUCUAUGUUCCGUUUUUAUAUUUAAUUUUUAUAUUUCCUCUUAAACUCGCUGGCUAUCUUGCCUGUCUGCCAUAUGCUUCAUCCGUGGAGGCAAUUUCAGUCCCGAUGCAUGCCUUUUACUUCUGCUGCUGUUGCCAUCACCGCUUGCUGGUACUAUUCUUCAAGCCGGGCAUCCUCUUUUCGCGUCUCUAGUUUCAAAUUGUAUGUCACUGUAGUAUGUUUCUUUUUCCAAAGUAAAUUCUUAUCUUUUGACAAGGCAGAGCGCAGCAAGCUGGUCAGUCUAGUGAAGCAAUGGCAUAAAUAAGAUACUAUCUUACAUGCUAUGCAUUUAUAUAUUCUUUUCCAUAGUCCUUUUGCUUGUAGUAGUUAUCUCACUCUACAUUACCUGAUCGUUCUCAAGAGAUAUCUCCCUCCAGGUUAAGGUACCAAAGAGUUAUAGCGUACGGCCGCUCCCGCGAAAAGUUUUGACUUGUGCUAAGAAUUUAAACUGAAAUGCUGAUACCGGCAUUAAGUAUUGCCAUUCCAUCUCUUAAUUA